GUGGGCGGAGCUGUUCGGUUGUUGUGCAUCUGUAAGGGGGAAAAAAAAUCUGUGGGACAGAUAAGCUAGCUAGCUAUUUUGUUUCUUAUCGAGUGAUUACAUUUUGCAUUGUUACAAUUCGAAACAGCUAGCUAUAGCUAUGCCUGGAAUAGAUAAAUUACCGAUAGAGGAGACAUUCGAGGACAGUCCGCAGACGCGUUCCCUGCUUGGUGUGUUUGAGGAGGAUGCUGCUGCUAUAUCCAGUUACUCUCAGCAGCUUUUUCAGGCCAUGCACAGAAUCUAUGAUGCCCAGAAUGAGUUGAGUGCUGCUACCCAUCUUACCUCAAAACUUCUGAAGGAGUAUGAAAAACAGCGUUUCCCUCUAUGCAGCGAUGACGAGGUCAUGAGCUCCACUCUGCAGCAGUUUGCCAAAGUCAUAGAUGAGCUGAGCUCCUGUCAUGCAGUGCUCUCUACUCAGCUGGCGGAUGCCAUGAUGUUCCCCAUCACUCAGUUUAAGGAGAGGGACCUAAAGGAGAUACUGACCCUAAAAGAAGUUUUCCAGAUAGCCAGCAAUGAUCAUGAUAUAGCCAUCAACAGAUACAGCCGCCUGUCUAAAAAACGUGAGAAUGAGAAGGUAAAGGGUGAGGUGAUGGAGGAUGUGUACACUUCCAAGAAGAAGCAGCACCAGACCAUGAUGCACUACUUCACAGCCCUCAACACGCUGCAGUACAAGAAGAAGAUCUCCCUGUUGGAGCCACUGCUGGGAUACAUGCAGGCACAGAUCAGCUUCUUCAAGCUGGGAUCAGAGAACCUCACACAGCAGUGGGAGGACUUCCUUAGCGACAUAGGAACCAGUGUUCAGAAUGUCCGAAGGGAGAUGGAUGGGGAGGUUGAUGUGAUGCAACAGACCAUCCAGGACCUGGAGCAAGCCAGUGACUUACUCUACAUGCCUGACCCUGACCCCACCCAAGUUCCUGUGAACCGCAACCUCACGCGCAAGGCCGGCUACCUCAACACACGCAAUAAAACUGGCCUAGUGUCUUCGUCCUGGGACCGGCAGUACUUCUUCACCCAGGGAGGAAACCUAAUGAGCCAGGCGCGAGGAGACGUUGCCGGGGGUCUUGUUAUGGAUAUAGAUAACUGCUCUGUCAUGGCCGUGGACUGUGAGGACCGACGCUUUUGCUUUCAGAUCACAUCUUUUGAUGGCAAGAAAGUGGCCAUCUUGCAGGCUGAAAGCAGGAAGGAUUGUGAAGAGUGGAUUGCAACCAUUAACAACAUCUCAAAGAGGAUAUAUCUUAGCGAGAAUCCAGAGGAAAUCGCUGCCCGAGUGAACCAAUCAGCUCUUGAAGCAGUGACGCCAUCUCCCUCCUUCCAGCAGAGACAUGAGAGUAUGCGGCCGAGCACGCAUGGGCGGCCACGAGCAGCACGGACCAGCAGUGUGAGCUCAGGGGGCUCUGAGACAGCUUCCCCAGCCAUCUCUGUCCUCUCACUGGACACCCUGGUAGCUUCAGACACACCCAUUCAGUUUGACAUCAUCUCCCCGGUGAGCGAGGACUAUGCAGGGCAGGCCAAAUCUGCUGGACAGGGCAGGACUAACCCGUUUGGUGAAUCAGGUGACAUGCCAGCUGAAGAGAAUGAAGACUCCAUCCUGCACCAGCUGUUCAUUGUGCGUUUCCUGGGCUCCAUGGAGGUGAAGAACACAGACAGCUCUGAUGUCAUCUAUGAGACCAUGAGACAGAUCCUAGCAGCUAGGGCCAUACACAACAUCUUCAGGAUGACAGAGUCCCACCUGCUGGUCACCUGCGAGUGCCUUAAGUUAAUCGACCCUCAGACACAGGUCACGCGGCUGAGGUUCCCUUUGUCCAGCGUGGUGGUGUGUGCAACCCACCAGGAGAACAAGCGUCUGCUUGGAUUCAUCCUGCAGACAGCAGAAGGCCAAGGGGACGGACGACCUGUCACUGUCUGCUACAUCUUUGAGUCCAACAACGAUGGAGAGAAGAUCUGUGACAGUGUGGGGCUCGCAAAACAGAUAGCUUUCCACUCGGAAAUGGAUCGCAAAGCUACAGAGAAGAAGAAGGAACAGGAUAAGGUCAAGGAGAAACAGCAGGAGGAGCUGAGUAAACAGAAACAAAUAGAGAAGGACCUGGAGGAACAGAGCCGUUUGAUUGCGGCCUCCAGUCGCCCCAACCCUCCUGCUGCUGGCGCUGACGGACAGUUCCUUGUACUGAGCCACAGCCAAUCAGAAGACAGUGAUGCAGGAGUGGAGGGGCGGGAGAAGAGAGAGUCGGAGGCCUAACAGAAUUAAAGACAUAGAAUGCUACAGUUGGCUUUCACCAGAUACUACUUCAGACAACCAAACUAAAGCCAUUUUAUUGAAAUGAAGCAACUGGAGGAGACCUUGAGAGAUGCAAUGGUUCAGGACAAUUUUACUGAAGCUUAACAAAAGUUCAACUUCUAAACAUAGUACCAAGAACCCAAGCGCUGGCCAUGACUCUGAGCUAAAUAGGGUACCAGCCAAUGUGCUCUUGAAAAGAUACACACAACUGAGAUGACCUGGUACUAGUACUCUUUGUGCUUUGCCGACUCAGUUUUUAUUAAACUUUUAUUUUUACUUGAGACCAAGGUCUCUUACAGAUUAGCUCUAUGAUUGCAAAAGAAACACAUCAAUAUCCAUUAAACAGAAAACAAUUCUAUAAAAGCAUCGCAUAUUAUAAUUAAAAAACAUAUAGGCACCAAUUCAUUCCAUUUUGAAGUGUUUUGGAGAUUAUUCCAUCUGAAGAAAAAGGAAAAAAAUAUUCCCCAACAUUCUCAAGUACGGAGCUGGCAAAAGAGCCGGAACAGCCCGGUACGCAGGCUAAUAGGGACAGCUUGACAGUGUGUGAACACAAAGUAGUGUCUGAUGUGAACUGACAGAAGAGGACUUUUCCAGAGCCCCACCGUGGCUCCUCAACCCCCAGGCCUCUGCAGACGCACAAUCUAUCUGCUUAACUCUGGUUCCUACUGUUUGUUGGUGAAGGACCAGGAUUCAGAGUGCAGGUCACCUUAAUGAAGGAGACAAAUUACUUGCUAAAAUAAACAUUAGUGGGGGAAAAAAAUAAUAAUGUUUGACUGAGCAUUCAAAUGAAUCCAUCCGGAACUUUCCUCAUGUAAAGAAUCAUGUAUUUUAUACCGACACUAACAUACAACUUGUAUAAGAAAGAUAAUGGUUUAGGGGGGUUCUGUUCAUUUGCAAAAUAAGGUGUGCAGUUCUGACUAAAUACUAUGGCUUCCUAAAAAUCUGAAUAUUAUAGUGUUUUAAUGGGGAGGGCAGACAUUGCACAUGUUAAUACUGUAAUAACAGAUUUCUGUAUUGUGUGAACAGUAUACUACAGUACUACAUUAUUGUCUAAUGUACAUUAAGCCACUCACCGCUAUAACAGUCUUGCAUGUGCUUUGGAUCUUAUCAUUAAUAUAAAUAAUUGCCACAUA